UUUUCUGUUGGUAAAUUCAGGCUGGAAUGGAGACAAAGGUCCUGGGAUCACUGCCAGUAAGGCCAAAGAUGAGUGAGACUUUGUACCCAAGUCAUACAUUGGCCGGCUUUGCAUUCUUUGGGGUUCUCAAAUAUAUUGACACACCUCUGCAUCUUAGUUGGAGUGACUGCUACAUUUCAACCUGUGUGGAAUGUGCACAGAAAAUAAGGCGUUGUAUUCUUUCUUAAACACGUUUGAAGGGGAGAGACACAAACAAUUAUGCUGCAUAAUUGCUGAAUGUACCAUUACUUGAAUCUCCUGUACAUUCUUUAAUGAUGUUUAGACACAAAGGCACAAACAUGAGAUGGACAUUUGCUGCAUUUAUGGGACAUUUCAUCCUCGCCUUUGCUUCUCUAGAAGAGACAACACAGUCUGGAGCAUCUGGUUGGACUGGUAAACUCUUAGUGGUUCCCAUGGACGGGAGCCACUGGACUGGCGUGAAGGCUGUUGCGGAGGAAAUGGGCCGCAGGGGUCACCAAGUACUGGUGGUCAUUCCAGAAGUCAGCGUACGACUAGGACCCGGAAAACACUUUACGACCAGAACGUUUCCGGUUCCGUACGGACAAGAAGAACUGGAUGAGCUCCAAGCUCGGAAUGCCGAGGCGAGCAAACGGCUACCUUUACUGGAAAGGAUCCCUACCAGAAUCAGUAACAUGAAAAAAUUUGUGAAGCUCCAAACCACCACUGCUGAGAGUCUCCUGUUUAACCAAGAGCUGGUGGACUACCUGAGAAAGCAGAACUUUGAUGCCGUUCUCACCAGCCCAGCUGUGCCAACCGGUGCCAUACUGGCUUAUAAUCUCUCUUUACCUGCCGUGUACAUGUUACGCGGCUUACCCUGCAGACUGGACUCCACCGCCACGGCCUGCCCAGACCCUCCUUCUUACGUCCCGCGGUUCUUCACAAAAAGCACAGACCGUAUGUCUUUCGGUGAACGUGUGGUAAACGUUCUAGUUAGCUGUCUGGAGCCUGUGCUUUGCAAAUUGUCAUACUGGACGGUUGAGAAUAUGGCAUCUCGAUUCCUGCAGAGAGAUGUAAGUUUGGCAGAUAUCCUGCGAACUGGAGCUAUAUGGCUGAUGAGGUUUGAUUUCACCCUGGAUUUUCCUAAACCCUUGAUGCCCAAUAUGGUCCUGGUGGCGGGCAUUAACUGUGGUGUUAAAAACCCUCUGACUAAGGUGAGUGCGGAGUGUUAGAGAAUAAAUGCAAAUAUAGAAAUUGAAAAUGUUUGUGGAAUGAUUUGUUAACAUUCCUAAUUGGUGCGUUUACUACAUCUGGUGACAAAGUGGCUGUACAUGGAUGCUUUUAAAGGGACAGUUCACCUCAAAAUUAAAAUUCUUUCAUCAUUAUCCACUCUAAAAAAAUAAACUGUCGCUGCUGUUAGUUUUACUUAACCCAUCCUUGUUCACAGUACAUAAAGAAUGCAAGUAACUGAAUUAACGUAAGUUAACUAUGUUAUUUAUACUAAAAAUGUAGAUCUGUCAGCUUUACUUAACAAGUGUUUGACUGGUCAACUUAACAUUGGUUAGUAGAACGCAAAAUUGUUGAGUUUACUUGAUAUAAACAAGUUUCAACAUGACUGGUUGAGGGGGAUUUUCAGUUCCCAGCAUGCUUUGCGUAAGACUGCAUUUAGGCAGUAAAUUUAGAAAUUUAGUGUUAUUUUAAGUGUUUUUCAGUAAAGAAAAAAGACUUGUUUGUGCUUAAUGUUCAUUUAUCUUUGAGGUUUAAAAGUGUUUGUUGUAUUUUUUUGUUUUAGGGUUACCAUUGUUUAGAAGAUUGGUACAUAUGCUUAGGCUGUGAGAGGUUAAAGCACACCUUUGAUGUCUAUUGCAUCAUUUAAUGAGUUAUAACUGUGCUAAUGCCAGUACUGAGAUGCCUCUCAUCUGAAUUGCUCAUUGUGUUUUGACUUAA